AAUAACCAGUAUUCAACUUGGAACCGCACCCGGAGCCUCCACGCUCAGCCCUUCGUCGCCCGCACCGAUACCCUGACCUCCCGUAGGGCUGCAGAAAUGGCCCAAGAGGCGGUUGUGAUCAACAUCGGCGACAGCACCAACACAGACUCAAGCAAGGAGAAGAAGUCCGAUACCCUCUUUGGCCCCAACAUCGGAAUCGUUGGCGGGGGACCGGAAUGGACGGAAAGGCAUGAGAAGAGCACGGAUGAGCUUACGCCGGAAGUUAUCAAGAGUUGGAUCUCGAAGAGCAAAGAGGGCUACCAGACCACGACGACACUGCAGGCGCUCGUCAAUCUGAAACGCCCCACACUGCGUCUCACGCCGCUAGAGAUAGCCCCAUCGGACGACCCCGACCACGUCGACUCGCAACACCACCAUGGCCUCGAGUUUGAGUAUGAUUGCGACGCGCCCAAGUGCGGCAUCAGCGUGCAUGUCCUGCUGAACCCGAAGCACCGCUUGGCCGGCAAGCCAGACGCCGGUGGACUCUCCAAGUUCCUCGUCUUUGAGUCCGUCGUCGAAGGAGGGUUUGGCAAGAUCCUCAAGCUAGAGGAAGGCGCGACUCUGGAGCUCGGCCGCUUUGAGUACCAUCCCGACGCUGGCGAGAAGGACGCAGCGAGCGAGCCGACGGCAGCCCCGGAAGCUGAGGGCCAGCAUGCUGAUGACGCGGCGAAGAACCGAAAGCGUUUCACCCACUUUAACUUCCGGAAGCGUAACCAUAACCGCAACGUCGCAGGGCCUGCGCUUGCUGUCGUCGAUGCCGCGGAAGUCCACCCUGUGGAGGAGAGUGAAACGAAGGAGUCGGACAAAGACAAUGAGGCUGACGUAGGCGUUCGGGUCGUCAUCCGCCUCGCCGCGCUUGAUGGCGAAGGGAAGGAGCUACCGUCCGCAAAUGAGCAGGUAACCUACCUGCACGUUGUGCGCUAUGGUGCGUCACCCAGUACGCUAGAGGGUGACCCCGCGGAAGACAAUCGGCCGUGGGUUGUCAAGGUCGUCAAGCGUGAAGCGACGAUUGGCCCGCACACGUUCCAUCUGCACGAGAUUUACGGCCUGUCUGCCAACUCGACCACUGCCACUCACGCAGCACCCCCGACGUCCCCCGUAUCGCCCACUUCGCACGUUUACCCGCCCGUCACCCCGCCGGCCACUACUACGCAUGAGGAAGAACCGUCCUCCGAGUGUCUUCUCUGUUUGUCGUCCCCGCGCGAGGUCGUGCUGCUGCCCUGCCGCCACCUUGUCGCCUGCCGCGAGUGUGCAGUCAACAUGAUUGAGUUCGGCGCGGGCGGGAACAUCGUGCACCAAGAUAGCGAGACAAACGCCACGACGGGAACCGAACCUGCGUCGGGGGAGAAUGCUGGCCCUACACCGAUCGCAGACGGUGCACCACUGGGGUCCGAGGCGAACGCGCCUCAGCCUGCGCCGAGACGCAAGCGCAAAGCGAAGGGCUGGUUCUGUCCCGUUUGCCGUCAACCCUACACGUCGCUGCUGCGCAUUACCACCAAUGCUCCUUCGAAGGACGAGGAGAAGAACCGCGACUCGAUGUCGGAAGCACAGGUUGCUGUGCUGCCACAGACACAAGCUGCCUCUCCGACUCGUGGAGGAUUUACAUCUCUCCCUCGACCCGGUUUCCUGCGUGCAUUUGGUCGGCCAGGUUCGCAGCAGGCUGAUGUAGAACGCGGCCAGGCAUUGGCUGUUUGA